AUUCCUUUUGUGCAGGUUCAGCAACAAGUCCAUCCCAACCUUUCAGCAAAAGAAGAUUCCCUCUCCUAUAUUGAAGAGCUGAUACUUCAGCUGCUAAACAAGCUAUGCAUUGCGCAGCCACGGACUGUCCAAGAUGUAGAGGAGCGAGUUCAAAAGACAUUUCCACACCCAAUAGACAAGUGGGCCAUUGCCGAUGCACAGUCUGCUAUAGAGAAACGAAAACGAAGAAACCCUCUCCUGCUGCCCGCGGACAAAAUACAUCCCUUAUUAAAGGAAGUUCUAGGCUAUAAAGUAGAUUAUCAUGUCUCUCUCUAUAUUGUGGCUGUAUUGGAAUAUAUCUCGGCUGACAUUUUGAAACUGGCUGGCAACUAUGUUUUCAAUAUACGGCACUUUGAAAUCUCCCAGCAAGAUAUUAAAGUAUCUAUGUGUGCUGAUAAGGUUUUGAUGGAUAUGUUUGAUCAGGAUGACAUUGGUUUGGUUUCUCUCUGUGAAGAUGAGCCCUCUACUUCUGGUGAACUCAGUUACUAUGACCUAGUGAGAAAUGAAAUUGCAGAAGAAAGACAGUAUCUACGGGAGUUGAAUCUGAUAAUUAAAGUAUUUCGAGAAGCUUUCCUAUCUAACAAAAAGUUGUUCACGUCUUAUGACAUUGACAUGAUCUUCAGCAACAUUUCAGAUAUUCAUGAACUGACUGUGAAGCUCUUGGGAUUGAUUGAGGAUACUGUUGAAAUGACAGAUGAAAGUAGUCCUCAUCCUUUGGCUGGCAGCUGCUUUGAAGAUCUGGCAGAGGAGCAAGCUUUUGAUCCGUAUGAAACUUUGUCCCAGGAUAUUCUUUCCCCACAGUUUCUUGAGCAUUUUAAUAACUUGAUGGCUAAACCUGCUGUGGCCCUACACUUUCAGUCUGUUGCUGAUGGUUUUAAAGAAGCUGUACGAUAUGUCCUUCCACGACUUAUGUUGAUUCCAGUCUAUCAUUGUUUGCACUAUUUUGAGUUAUUACAGCAAUUGCAAGAAUGUAGUGAAGAGGAAGAGGACAGGGAAUGCUUAAAACAAGCCAUUACAGCUCUCCUGAAUCUCCAGUGCAGCAUGGAGCGGAUUUACAACAAACAUUCACCUCGGCGUCGGCCUGGAGAGACAAUGUGUCGUUUCUACAACCGCCAAGUAAGAAGCAAGCACCUUGCCAUCAAAAAAAUGAAUGAGAUUCAGAAAAAUAUUGAUGGUUGGGAAGGCAAAGAUAUUGGCCAGUGUUGCAAUGAGUUCAUCAUGGAAGGUGCACUGACAAGAAUAGGAGCCAAACAUGAGCGCCACAUAUUUCUCUUUGACGGCUUAAUGAUCAGCUGCAAAAAUAAUCAUGGACAAUCCCGGCUUCCGGGUUACAGCAAUGCAGAGUACAGACUUAAGGAGAAAAUUAUCAUGAGGAAAAUACAGAUCGUGGAUAAAGAUGACACUUCUGAAUAUAAACAUGCAUUUGAGCUAGUGUCUAAAGAUGAAAACAGCAUUAUAUUUACUGCCAAAUCUGCUGAGGAGAAAAAUAAUUGGAUGGCAGCUCUGAUUUCCCUUCAGUAUCGCAGCACCCUUGAUCGAAUGCUUGACUCUGUGUUAGUGAAAGAAGAAAAUGAGCAGCCGCUUCGGCUACCCAGCCUAAGUGUGUAUCGUUUCAUAGUGGCAGACUCUGAAGACAACAUUGUUUUUGAGGACAACCUGCAAAGCAGAAAUGGAAUCCCCAUCAUCAAAGGAGGAACAGUAGUGAAACUCAUUGAAAGACUCACCUACCACAUGUAUGCAGAUCCGAAUUUUGUACGCACUUUCCUUACCACAUACCGCUCCUUUUGUAAGCCCCAAGAACUGUUAAAUUUGUUGAUCGAAAGGUUUGAAAUCCCAGAGCCUGAGCCUACUGAAGCAGACAAACUGGCUAUAGAGAAAGGAGAGCAGCCCAUCAGUGCAGACCUGAAAAGAUUUCGAAAGGAAUAUGUCCAGCCAGUACAACUCAGGAUAUUAAAUGUUUUUCGACACUGGGUAGAACAUCAUUUUUAUGACUUUGAACGAGAUCUGGAGUUACUUGACAGACUGGAGACAUUUAUUUCAAGUGUAAGAGGCAAAUCCAUGAAGAAGUGGGUGGAAUCCAUUGCUAAAAUUAUAAAGAGAAAAAAAAUUGCUCAAGCAGAUGGAAUUAGUCAUAAUAUUACCUUUGAGAGCCCACUGCCACCAAUUGAAUGGCAUAUUUGCCAUGUUGGACAGCCUGAGAUGUUUGACCUCAUGACACUUCACCCCAUAGAAAUAGCUCGGCAGCUGACACUUCUAGAAUUUGAUCUCUACAGGGCAGUGCAGCCUUCUGAACUUGUAGGGAGUGUGUGGACUAAAGACGACAAAGAAAUCAACUCUCCAAAUUUGUUGAAAAUGAUUCGUCACACUACAAAUCUUACGCUCUGGUUUGAAAAGUGCAUAGUGGAAACAGAGAACUUUGAGGAGCGAGUGGCUGUGUUAAGUAGGAUUAUAGAGAUCUUGCAAGUUUUUCAAGACUUAAAUAAUUUCAAUGGUGUGCUGGAGAUAGUCAGUGCGAUGAAUUCUGUGUCGGUGUACAGACUAGAUCACACAUUUGAGGCAUUACAGGAGAGAAAAAAGAAAAUGUUGGAUGAAGCAGUAGAACUAAGCCAAGAUCACUUUAAAAAAUACCUAGCUAAACUCAAGUCAAUCAACCCACCCUGUGUGCCUUUCUUUGGAAUAUAUCUUACAAAUAUUUUGAAGACAGAAGAAGGGAAUCCUGACUUCCUUAAAAGACAAGGGAAAGAGCUAAUCAAUUUUAGUAAGAGAAGAAAAGUAGCUGAAAUUACAGGAGAAAUUCAGCAGUAUCAAAACCAGCCUUACUGUUUACGGAUAGAGCCAGAAAUACGGAAGUUCUUUGAAAAUCUCAACCCCAUGGGAAAUGCAUCAGAAAAAGAAUUUACAGAUUACUUGUUCAACAAAUCGUUAGAAAUUGAACCUCGGAACUGCAAACAGCCACCUAAAUUUCCUAGAAAAACAGUAUACACCUUGAAGUCUCCUGGAAUAAGGCCCAAUACUGGCAGACAUGGCUCCACCUCCGGCACCUUACGAGGCCAUCCGACCCCACUUGAAAGGGAACCAAGUAAGAUAAGUUUUAGUAGAAUUACUGAAGCAGAGCACGAGUCAACAGUGUCUGCACCAACUUCUCCAAAUACACCAUCUACUCCACCGGUAUCGGCUUCUUCAGAAUUUAGUGUGUUUUUAGAACCUGACCUCAGCAGCUCUUGUGGUAGCAAUAGCAUCUUUGCCCCUGUCCUUUUGCCGCAGCCAAAAUCUUUCUUCAGUUCAUGGAGUAGUUUACAUAAGCUCAGUGAUGAAUUUCUGGUUCCUCCUCCACUUCCGCCACGCAAAAAGUUUGAUCAGGACACUUUGAACUCUAAGGGAGGCACAAAAACUGAUGACGAUCCUCCUGCCAUUCCACCUAGGCAGCCUCCCCCUCCAAAGAUACAGCCUCGAGUUCCUGCUUACAAUAGUUCAUUUGACCAACCGUUGCACAGCCCCCCACCGCCACCUCCCCGGGACCCUCUUCCUGACACCCCUCCACCAGUGCCGCUUCGGCCUCCGGAGCACUUCAUAAACUGUCCAUUCAAUCUCCAGCCACCGCCAGGAGGACGCUUCCACAGAGACCCAGACUGGUUGAGGGAAGCCAGCACGUGCCCAAACUCUCCAAACACUCCUCCAAGCACACCCUCUCCCAGAAUACUGCGCCGCUGCUAUGUGCUCAGCUCAAGCCACAACAGCCUCAGCCAUCCUCCUGCUCCCCCAGUCCCACCGCGGCAGAACUCAAGCCCUCAGUUACCAAAACUGCCACCAAAGACUUACAAAAGAGAGCUUUCCCAUCCUCCUUUGCACAGACUGUCUUUGCUAGAAAAUGCAGAAACUCCUCAAUGACCUUAGCCAUAUUAGUCAUUGACACUGGAAUAGUAUUUGUAAAGUUCCUUUUUUUUAUUUAUUCAGAAAGGCAGUGUAUUUUAGUACUUUCAGAAAUAAUGCUCUUAUAAAAGUGCUACUGAUCAAAAUAAAUAAAACCAAAACCAAAAGAGGUUAAAUUGGAAAAAUAAGAAUACGCACUCUAGCCUGUGUCUGCUCCUCUACAGCAUUACCCUCAGGUGGUCAGUAGCAUUGCCUUGCCUCAGAUCCUCAGUGCCGACAGUUAUGCCAGUAUAAAGAGUAUAUAUUUUGCACUGUAAACGACACUAAAAGAAUUGAAAACUGACAUCAGUUCAUUGCACUGAGCCAAAAAGGUGCGUUUGUGAAAUUUUUCAAAUUUGAGCACUAGUGGCCUUUUUUUAUUUUUUCCUUCUUUUCUUUUUCCUCAAAAGAACAGUGAACUUGCUGCCCAAGCAGAGGAUGUACAGUGUUACUGGUUUUAAACCUCGCCUUGUCACUUUGUGCGAGCGCGGAGGUUUGUGAACGACAACUACUGUUCUCAGAUUUUUUGACGUGGUGUCUUAAUUUCCAUUGAUUUGCUGCUGAAGAUGUAAAAAAAAAGAAAAAAGAAAAAAAUGUGUUGAGUAUCGAAAUGGAGAUAUCAAAAUGCACUAUUACUUUGACAAAGUGUAAGCAAGGACUACCUAACUCAGUUAAUUGAGAGAAUCCCUAGUAUUUAGCAUGCAUCUUGUUCAGAUGUGCCUUUUUGUUUUGGCAGGCGAAGGUGUCUUAAGCUAAAAAAUAAAGUUGCCUACUGUUUUGGAGAACAAAGCUAUAUGCCAUGUAUGUACAGUUGUUUAUAUUGUAUAUUUACAGAUCAUGCUAAUAACCUGUAUAAAUUUAAGUAACUCAAGGCCUAUAAUACAGUCUGCUACUCUUGCUGUCUUAUACAUUCAGAAGCGUUUCCUAUGGCCUAGGAAUACAGUCUUGCCUUCCAAACCUAAUGUUCUUUAGUUCUCCCUUCACUUAAUUAUGAAUACCCUUUUGGAAAUUGGUAGCAUUUAAACCAGCAAACACAUAAAGCUUUAUUAAACUUUUUAAACAGAGAAAUGAUCAGAACUUUCCUUUGCCAGUUGAACUACUUGUCGUUUGAACUGGUGUGAGAGUGAAUCUGUUUUACUGGUAGUACUGUAGCAGCAUUUGUAAAGUGGCCAAAAGCCACAUUUUAUUUACUGGUCUGUGGCCUUUUACUGUGCUUUGUAUCAGAGUUCUUAACAAGAUUAAUAAAUCACCCCAGUCUUAAUUUUU